AUGUCUCGUCGUCUCCUCCUCCUCAACGGUCCCAACCUCAAUCUUUUGGGCACAAGAGAACCUCACCUUUAUGGAUCAACAACUCUUAAAGACGUCGAAACCGAUGCAGAGAAACAAGCAUCAGAUCUCUCAGCCACAAUCGAGACUUUCCAGGCCAACUCGGAGGGCGCGAUAGUGGAUCGCAUCCACAAAGCACGAGGAAACGUUGAUGCCAUCAUCAUCAACGCGGGCGCCUACACACAUACCAGCGUCGCCAUCCGAGAUGCUCUCGUUGGAGUGGACAUUCCGUUUGUUGAAGUUCACGUCACCAAUGUCCACGCUAGAGAGACAUUCAGACAUCACAGCUAUUUGUGCGACAAGGCGGAGGCUGUCAUUUGCGGGUUGGGUGUUUUUGGGUACACGGCCGCGAUUGAGUAUGCUGCUAAGCAUUUGAAGUUGAGGACAAAGUGA